AUGCCGCUUAGCAGCGAUAAGCUGACGCCAGCUGAGGGCGAGGAGAACUGUCCACAAUGUUUGCACGCGAGCCACCAAACAUUUACGAUGACCAACAAGACAGUCGUUGAUACCUCUCAAUGUACCGACCGAUGUAUUGUUGUAGCAUGUGAGCCAGUAGAGGGCGACUCAACAAAAACCGGAGGCGCCUGCACAGAAGAGGGCUGCGACGCACUGUGCCAGUCUUUUUUUGGGGAUCCUAGUACUUGGACGUGCGAUCAAGAGGACUGCACACCACAUUAUCCUUCAAAUUGGACAUGGGUAGAGACCUUCCCCUCAAUAGCCAACCACGAUAAAAAUGUAGAACAUCACCCCUAUCACCCAUAUCCAGUCCAAGCGGGGGCCCUGCCUGUCUGUGGGGAGACUGCCACGAGACCUUUCCUGAUCGAGCUACAUUGGUCCAACAUAUCCAAUACGACCACUUUUCCCACUUGCAAUCAUUAUAUUCAAGUAGCAACCUCGCCGCCGAUCACUCAGCAUGAAGUCAUUCAGCAUACAUCAGAACCGGAUAUUGAUCUGUUACUGGCACAUCUAUUCACGAAUCACGUUCCUCAACCGGAGGAAGAGACCCCGACCCCAGUCCUCUCUCACACGACAUCCCACACAUCCUCAAACGAUUUGAAUGACACUUCGUCUAUCAUUACAUCACCUAUAACCCCUACCAGCGGAGAGGCACCAAAUGGCACUCAUCAUGCAUGCAACUGGGCCGACUGUAGCCAAACAUUUACAACAGUCGAUGAGCUAACGGAUCAUAUAGCCGAAGUGCAUGUAGGACAUGGAAAGAGCUUCUAUGACUGCCUUUGGCAAGGAUGUGAUCGUCACGGUGAUAAUGGUUUCCCAAGCAGACAAAAGGUCCUAAGACAUAUACAG